AGCCGAUUUGAUAGCAUGACGUCAUUCGUGACGUUAAUUCGCGCGAUCUCGAAUCGAAAGCGCGCGACACGAUCAUAUACACGCCGCGCCAGUCGUCGCACAGGCACAGUCAGUCCACAGACUAGACAAGAACAUCACGCAGUAACAGUCAAUAUGAAUGGAGAGUUAAAUCACUCGAGUGCUAAUGGGUCUUACGGCGAGAAGGUUGUUAUUUUGGACGCUGGUGCUCAAUAUGGCAAGGUGAUCGACAGAAAAGUUCGAGAACUGUGUGUGAAUUCAGAGAUUUUACCCUUAGAAACUCCUGCUUUCAUUCUGAAAGAAAAGCAGUUCAAAGCUAUCAUUAUCUCAGGUGGUCCAAAUAGUGUCUAUGCAGAAGAUGCUCCGACCUAUGACCCAGCGAUCUUCCAGUGCGGACUUCCUGUCUUGGGUAUCUGCUAUGGCAUGCAGAUGAUGAAUAAGGAAUUCGGAGGAAGCGUUCACAAGAAGGACACCAGAGAAGAUGGCCAAUUUACAAUCACAGUUGACCCUGCUGUCUCCCUCUAUAGAGGUCUUGAUAAGCAACAGAAUGUCUUAUUAACGCAUGGAGACAGUAUAGACAAGGUGGCUAAGGGCUUUGUGGUCGCUGCCAAAUCAGGGAACAUUGUAGCAUCUAUUGCCAACGAGAAGAAGCGGUUGUAUGGAGUCCAGUUUCACCCUGAGGUUGACCUGAGCGAGAACGGCAAGCAGAUGCUGCGUAACUUCCUGUUUGAGGUUUCAAGUUGCUCUGGAUCUUACACGAUGAUGAGUAGAGAGGAAUCAUGCAUACAAGAGAUACGAAAGAGAGUUGGCAACAAUAAAGUACUGGUUCUUGUGAGUGGGGGUGUAGACUCAACCGUGUGUGCUGCUCUUCUCAGGAAAGCACUUCGAGCAGACCAAGUGGUGGCGCUACACAUAGACAAUGGUUUCAUGAGAAGGAAUGAAAGUCAGCUGGUCGAGGAGUCUCUGAGUAGGUUAGGCCUUAAACUUAAAGUUGUUAAUGCUUCCCAGUCAUUCUAUAAUGGCACCACAGCAGUCCCCGUCGACAAGACCGACCCAAAGUCCCCGAAACGCAUCACCAAGACGCUCAACCUUACCAUAAACCCGGAGGAGAAGCGCAAGAUAAUUGGGGAUACUUUCAUGCACAUCGCUGAUGAAGUUUGCAUGGAACUCAAUCUUAAACCGGAAGAUACCAUUCUAGCUCAGGGGACUUUACGGCCGGAUUUGAUAGAAAGUGCUUCAGCGCUUGCAAGCUCCAACGCAGACGCUAUCAAAACCCACCACAACGACACCGAACUUGUACGUCAGCUCAGGGCUAAAGGUCGCGUGGUCGAACCUUUAAAGGACUUCCAUAAAGACGAGGUGCGAGCCUUGGGGAAAGAUCUAGGUCUUCCAUUGGAUGUUGUUCAUAGACAUCCUUUUCCAGGUCCUGGUUUAGCGAUCAGGGUUAUAUGCGCAGAUGAACCUUACAUUGGGAAGGAUUUCUCAGAGACUACUAUCUUAUUAAGAUUAUUAGUCAACUAUGCAGAGUCUAUGGAUAAGCCACAUGCAUUAGCAAGUAAGAUCAGUUCUGCCAUGUCAUCAGAUGAGAUCGAUCAGCUAAUUUCUAUCACCAGUAAGGUUAGGUUAGCAUCAACACUGCUUCCAAUCAAAUCAGUUGGUGUUCAGGGAGAUGGUAGAACGUACUCAUAUGUUGCAGGGUUGUCUUCAGAUGAGUUUCCUGACUGGGAAGCCAUUAUGCAGCUAUCUAAACUCAUCCCUAAGAUAUGCCACAGUGUUAAUAGGAUUGUUUAUAUCUUUGGUGAGCCGGUGAUGGAAACCAUUCAGGAUGUAACGCCGACCUUCCUCACUCCAAACGUCCUGGGGACGUUGAGACAGGCAGACUUCUACGCCAGAGAAGAGCUCAUGAAUAGUGGUUAUUACAAGAAGAUAAGUCAGAUGCCAAUCAUACUUGCCCCUAUCCACUUUGACCGUGAUCCCGUCAUGCACCAGCCUUCGUGUCAGCGUAGUGUCGCUAUCAGGACUUUCAUCACCAAUGACUUCAUGACAGGAAUCCCUGCCCAGCCAGGCAAACACAUACCAGAAGAAGUCGUUAUGAGGAUAGUGAAGGCUGUUUACAGCGUGCCGGGGAUAUCACGAGUCAUGUACGACCUCACGGCAAAACCACCAGGAACAACCGAAUGGGAAUGAUAACGUCGGAUUUCAGGACUUUUCAUGAAGGACAAGUCAAACUGGUCGGCCAAGAUACACUUACAUUCAGGGGGCAGAAGGAGAGGAAGGGCCUGAGACGGAAUGUGAUUAUCCGGCCGCUGUUUUUGUGAAGGAGAUUUAGAACCUGCAGGGAUGUAAAGAGGAAUUAAGAAGAUUUUGAAAAUACCCUAACCAGAGUUAGACUCGAUAGCUUGAAUUCUGAAUCCGGAUUUAAUUUAAUUUCUGGUCUAAAGAUGUGGUUUCACUAUGGAUAGCCACUUGUGAUGCAUCUUUCUCGCUGUAUUAGUUCAUUUGAUGCCUGAUUCAUUCAAAACUGUCAGGGAAUAAUUAAUAGAAAUAUUUUUUCACUAUCAUUAAGAGCAUGGGGAAGAACACAGUAAAUAUAAAAAAUAUACAAAGUAAAUAAAAAUGUUGACAAUUUUGGCUUCCCUUAAUUAAGUAUAUUAGCCUCAGUUUAACUGGACUUCGGAAUGUGGGCUAUUAAGAACAUGUAGUUAGUGAAUAACGUGUAAUUAUUAAGUGUAAUUUACUGCUGUCUCACAUUUGAGUAUUUCGCUUGCUUCUAACUGCGUAUUGUUCAAACAGAGACCUAUGCAGACAUGUAAUAAAUCACAGUCAAGGAUGCUCACCAACAACAAUUACAGUACCGAUAUACAAUAUUUUUGUUGAAAAGAAAUUUGAAAUAACACAGCCACUUCUAUGGUUUGAUUUGAUAAAUUGAGUUACGAUACAUGAUUAUGGGAUACAUUUAUAAGCAAACCAUGUUUAUCAUUUUGCAAAUAUACAAUAAUAUAAUCUUUAAAAAAUUAUGGCUUUUAUAAAGUGAUUAUUUGUAUUUCUAUUUAUAUCUGCUCUUUCCUAUUUGCUGUUCAUUCAUUGAGACUACUGAAAUAUGACAAGUUUCAUAACCCUCAUAGAAAGUAAUUAAGGUAUGUAUGAAGGCAUAGAGUUAGUAGAAAUAAUUAUGGUUAUAAAAUAUCUAAUUUAUGUAAUCAUAUACGUUUUGAAGUGGUUGUAAAAUUACUAUUUUUGUAGAAAUUUUAUUGACAGGGUUUGAUAGAGUUUUUAAUUGGACAUAGAUAGAAUUUAUUGAAUAGUGUUUGAUUUAUUUUUGGAUGCAUUUUGUGAUUUUUUUAGUUCAGGGCCCAUUUUAUAAUGAAUUACAACUAUGAUGACUUUUCGAUUUUUGUAACUACCAUGGAAAGCUUGAUUGUGAUUGGCUGUUGAGCCCUGUUUCCAUGGUAGUUGCCAUUAUGGCAAAGUUACAAUAGUUGCAAGUCCUUUAUGAAACGGUGACCAUAUUGAUUUUUUUCUGUUUAAAUGUUUAUCUCCUAAUGCGUGCCAUGUCAGUCAAUACAGUCUAUUGAAGGAACAGUAUGGGCGUUGUUGCAAAUCACAUUCUACAGAAAAUGAUUUAACACUGGUCAACACUGAAUUUGCUCUUUGUAGCACAACACUUUGAGUUCAUGGCCGUUAACAUUUACUCACUCAGUGGGCUACAUGUGACAUGGUUCCAGCCCUGUCAUAGCACUAUUUUCCUUAGGUAAGGCAUUAUACACAAACCUGCCAUUCUCCACCUUCUUGUUUGCAAUGUCCUCUUUACUCCUUGAAUGAGUGGGUUAAACACUCGAAAUUGCUAUUCCAAAACAAGUGUGUUUGCAUCAUCAUGGCAACCAUUCAAAACCUGGGUGGAGAGUGGCAAAUACAUUUUUUAACAAAGCGCAAAGUGGUUUAAAUUUCUGUUUGAACUAUGCUGUGAAACGCCAUGAAGAUUCUGUUAUUUUACUUAUGGUUACACAAUAUCUGCCAUACUUUAUAUUAGCUGUGAGAAAGCUUUUCAUUCCGUCUUGUGCGAUUUUGUUAAAUAUCACUGACCUGCAGUUCAUGUAACAUAUGAUUUUUGUUUCCAAAUCAUUUCUAUCUUUGUUAUAUUUCUUUCGUUGUUUGGGGGGAUUGUUCGUUUGCACAAUUGAAUGUUGGAAGUCAUUUAUAGGAAUUUUGAAUAGUGCUGAAAGAGGUCUUGCCACAACUUUUUCAGAAAGUUAUUAUGAUUUCUUGAAUAUCCACUUUGAUAUUUUAAUUCAAUCUAAGUGAGAAUUAAAGGGAAGUUCUCAUGAGGUAAUUAAAAAUGAUAAUUGAGAACUUUAAUCCAAUGGUCCUCUGGUGGCUUACUUUCAAGCUUUCAUGCUUUCAGAGCAAUUGGGGAAAUGAAAUCAGCAACUAAAUAUUUGUAUGUAUGUCAGGUGCUAUUUCAUCAAUCUGCCAUUGGCUUAAGUUUAGAUUAUAAUAUUGAAUACGAUAGGCAGUUUAUUAAUUACUGGUAAGUAGGUUUGAUUAUUAAGCAUCUUUAUAAAAUAGGUGUAUUAUUUCAAGCAUCGCGUUUGGCCAAUACGCGUCACAUGACAUCCAACUUUUUUGUGCACUGCACGGCAGUGUAAAAGGUGCGCAACGAAAAUUUACAUUGCAUGCUCAAGCAGACCAGUGCAGUAGAAAUCCCGGGAGAAGUCCAACAAAACUGUACUGUAACUUUUUUUUUUUUUUCUGUGUUGCUAUUUUAGAAAACAAAUAAUGCACUUGCUCUGUCGUGCGUAAAAGUAAAUGCAGAGAAAGCUUGGUUUCUUCAGAUGGUGCACACUUGGCUCUCGUGCACAGUGCGGCACCUAUCUAAAGAAACCUUGAGUGCUCUGCAUUUCCACUAACGCACUCGGCUGCAUGCAUUAUUUGUAUACUGUAGUCAUGCCCGGGUAUAAGCAAACAUCCAUGUAUUCUUUAUUUGCUGUUGUAAAAUAAACUUAAUCCUAUCUUCUUUUUUCUUGACCUAUCCCUCAAUUUUUCUGAGGGGUAUUUUAUUGUUUAGCACCGUGACAAGGUGAACAAUUCAAGAUUGUGGUCUUAAUGAGUAGAUGGUCUAUAUGGCCAAGUUCCUGUAAUACAGUGACACCUGUAUAUAAUGACUACCCAAGGGGGGGGGGCAAGAUAGUGGUCUUAAUGGGCAGGUGGUCUUUGAGCAGUUUUCUGUGAUACAUGAUUGAAUGGUCCUUAUAGGCAAGUGGUCCUCCUAUACACAUGAGUCUGAAGUAGGUUUGACUUGAUUUUAAUUCUACUUAUUGUCAGUGGGCUGUUAAACCCCCAUUUCUCAAAAAAUUAAAAAUAGUGAGGGGAACCCAAAUGCUGCCUUUUAGAAAAAAAAUUAUAUUUUAGAAUUACGGCAAUGGUAGCAACAUGAUAUUGUCUCAAAACAAUCUCCAUAUUCUCUAGUUGUAACUCUAUAAUCAAGCUUUUUCUGUGAGGUGCCCUAAAAAUUGUUGAUUUUCAGAUAUGAGAUUUCAAAAGCCCAGCGAUGAAAUACUGUAUUGAUAACAGUGUGGCUCUUACAUGUAAUUGAGGAAGACGAAAAUGUUGACGAAUAUUUAUCUCCAGUUUUCUUCCAUAUUGUCAUAAUCCAAUUGUUGACGAUAACGCACAAAUUUAUUUUUCCAUCAUUAUUAUGUACAGUAUUGGGGAAGUACAAGAGUCAAUAAGUUUUUCAGAGUUCCAUAGGGUAUCGAGGAAUUUGUGUAUGUCACAACUAUCGUAUGGGGGCAUUGAAGUUUGCAAAUGAUCGAGUCACAAUAAGUAAAAUUAGCCUGGGCUCGGUAUAAACAAAACUUGUUCUUAUGGCAGAAUAUUACACUUAAGUACAUUGAUCACUAAGUGCAGUCAGGCAUAUAAACCAUUAAUAGCAUAUGAUUAAUUACCAAGCUUUGUUAAAAGCCCCAGGUCUAUUUUUUGCAAUGUAAAGUAAAAAUUAAGUCACUAUAUUGACAUUGAUUUGUGCAGUGCAAAUUUCCAACUGAUAUUUGAAAUGAAUUGCAAAUUGGCAUCUUGCGACACCCCCUAUAUCUCUCUUCUAGCUCUGGGGGAUGUUUCUCAAAGGUUAAAGUCUGAAUAUUACGCAUAAAUUCCAAGUUUUAUGUGGUGAUUCUGAUUUCUGCUUCAGUCGAAAUCUCUCAGAUUCUGAGAGAUUUGACCGAGGCAGAAAUCAGAACCACAAGAAUAGGUUUGAAUAACGUAAAAUUCGACUUUGAUGUUUUGCAUAUUCUGGUCUGAAAGAAUGCUUGGAGGUAGUUGACUAAUUCCAUCUACAUUGUAGUAUGUAUAACGCAUCACUUCAUUGGUCUCAAUAUGUUCAUGGGACUAGGCCUAGUACAUUACAAGCCAAAUGUCGUGUUCAUAUUAGCUCUCAGUCGCAACAUUUAUUCAGACUGAAAUCUCUGUGAAACUCCCUGGUUUCAGACUUGUUCUAAAGUGCCUCUAUUUGAAAUACAUCCAAGUGUUACUUUCCUCUCGUGUGUUGAUUGUAUCAUGUACUUUUCACAUUGCACUGUAUGUGUUUUACUCUUAUUUCUUGAAUGUGAAUGGACUGUUAUUGUAUUAUAUGAGUAUAUUAUGAAAUGCUAAAAUUAUUCAUGAAUAAAAUCUUUGUGUUUGGCAAAUAA